CCCAACCCACUUACUAGUAGAAUACCACACCGAGUUCUACUAUAAAACCGGACCGGGGUGAUGCAACGCAUCGGCCACAGCUGUAACUUCCCUAACAGAGAGAUAAAGAGAGAGAAAGAGAAAGAGACAGAAUACAGAACACAGAACACAGAACAAGCCUGAGGAGAGUUUUCAGCUCAGACGCUUUUUGUUCUCGCUCAUAAAGAAGGUUUCAGAAUGAUGCUUCAGCAUCCUGGUCUGGGUCUGGGUCUGGGUCUUGGUCCUUCAGAGAUCAGCGCCUCGGCUCUGGUGCCGUGUCUGUCCCCGCCUGGUUCGCUGACACUCGACGACUUCACUCAUUUCAGCCCACUGGUUAAGGAGGAGCUGCGUUACACCAUCCAGAAUAAACGCCUGUCCAGUGGGAUGAGUACGACCAACACCAGCUGCUCCGACUGCAGCUCUGAGAAACCGCCUGAGAUGCCGGGAGUGAAGAGAACGCUUACUGUGGAGGAACACGAUCGCAGGAAAAGACGACGGGAAAGGAACAAAAUUGCUGCCGCAAAGUGCAGGAACAAGAAGAAAGAGAAGACGGACUGUUUACAAAAGGAGUCAGAGAAGCUGGAGUCUUUAAAUGCUGAGCUGAAGGCACAGAUCGAGGAGCUGAAGAACCAGAAGCAGCAGCUGGUCUACAUGCUCAACCUUCACCGGCCGACGUGCAUCGUUCGAGCUAACAACGGACAAACUCCCGAAGACGAGAGGAACCUCUUCAUCCAGCAGAUCAAAGAGACCACGCUGCAGUGUAUGAACUUCACCACAGCCGAGUCUGCGAGCCCUGCCGUGCUGACCGCAUGCGAUCAUCUCUGAAGCUCGACGCUUCAUAAAAGAUUUUGCCAAGAAGCAUUGAAGGACUCACUUGAGGGAGAAAAAACAGAGUUGUACAUUGUAAUGGACUAAGGAGACGAGUAAGCAAUAUGUAUAAGCACUAACAUCAAAGGGGGAUUUGAUGUCUUUUUCUUGUAAUUUUAAUGUUAUUUAAAAUGAUGUACUGCUGAAUGAUUUUGUACGUGUACCAAAGCAUUGACACAAACACAAGUCACUAACGGUAUCACAUAUCACAUAACGAGCACUAGAAGUUAAUAAUAAUAAUAUGUACACUCUAGAAGUGUGUCCAAGAAGAUGACUAACCACUGAGACCGGCGUCAAACGUGAAGUGAAUGAAGUAUUAAGAGUACGAUGACGUAUUUCCAUAGCUCUACGCCGCUCCUGCUAUGUUUGUUUCUUUUUCUCCAUAAUCUGCCCCUCAAAACUACUUAAAGCUGCUACGCUAUUAUCUCAGGUCACGGAGGAUGUAGUGCAAAGAAAAGGAACAAGGAAAUGGAAUAAACCAUCAGUUGAAUAACCAACUUGCUGCUUGAGAAUCAGAACCCAGCGAGUUCCAUAGAAUUAAAAGUCUGUUCUUUUUUUCAACUUGUUCCUGUUUUAUCUCAGAAAUAUUUAGUUUUUUUUAUAUACAGUGCUGUAAGCUGGACGGUGUGUGUGCUGUGCAGCCUAACGAGCGUGUCGAGUUUUUUUUUGUAUUGUUUGUAGAGUCGUGUCCACGUUCUAUUGUAUUUUUAUAUAUGAUGUAAACGUGUUUGAAUCUAGAUGCACAAUCUUUAGUCACUUUAAAGGGUAUAAACUGUUGUGGUCCCCUGUCGUAUUUCACAGAAAUUAUAGUAAGAGGCGUCUACCAGUUCAGCACUUCACCACUGCUUGCCUUUGGUUAGUCACUCUUUUUUUUUCUUCUUAAUUGUUUUAAUGUUUUAGAUUCUUAUUCAUGUCGGAUGAGAGACGCAGGCGUCACCGGCAUUUAAUAUUAUUUUUAAUUUUUCUUAUCAGUACAGUGUAUGUUUAUUAGUACAAUGUUUGUUUAACCUUUUGCCGUUCAGCUUUUACCUCCUCAGGCUGUUCACAUGCACUUGCCUCAUAUGAAGCUUGGUUGUUUAAUCGUAUUUAUGUGUAACGUGCACAUAUGAUGAGUUGUAUGUACAUUUAUUUUUUUGUCACAUCAUUAAAAUAUCCCUAUGCUCAGAA